UUUUUACUUUGCUAAACGGUUUAGUACCUUUCAGAGAGUUCACUUGCAGGCCACGUCUUUUUAUAAGUCCAUGGAGACUCCUUCGAUGAAAGGUUAAGGUUCAUAUUUCCAUGUUCACAAGUUUAGACUCAUCGGAUCUGGGUUUAAAUGUUGACUGCUACUUUGUGAGUUUGAGGAAGCUUUUGUUAAAAAAGAGCCCUUUACCCUUAGUUCCCUCGUCUGGAACAUACAGUACCGCCGGGGGUUUGUGAAGAUGAACGAGUUUCUAUACGCACAGAGCCCAGCCAUUGGCCUCAUUGAAAGAGCGCUAUUUCCCUCUGUUAUCUGCCACCCAAAGAGAUGGAACAAAACUACUUACUGCAAAGGCAUUUCUCUUCUCCGGCCCUAAAAGCAAGGGGACGCCCUGGACCUAUAUGUUCUGACAAUAUGUAGGUCAAGUCUCCAGACUUAAAAAAAGCACCGUGGUCAGUGCUCAAGAGGAAGAACAAGCUCCUUUAAUCUCAUCUCUCUUUUUGUCUCCACUGCCAUGGAAACUGAGUUAAUGUCUAUUUUUAAUUUAACCUGAAUGAAUUCCUUAUGCUGGAAAGGUAGCUAAUAGAGACUGGGAUCCAUUUAACUAAUUUGGGAUUUUAUGUGGUGUCAACACCUUUAGAAACCCAAUUUUAGGCACAAGUCAAAAAAAAAUAUUUCUCAGAGUAAACCGUGGAACAAAAUGGCUAAAUUUUUUCAGAAGGACGUCUUCUUCAUCUAUCCCGCCAACUGGGUAACCUGGUUAAUUUUUCAUUUUCUUUUUAUUCAGCUAGCAUGGAUCUUGGGAGCCCUGAACAAGAUCCUGAAAUGAAGGAGGGAUAUUCUUCUGUCUAUGUUGGCAGAGAAGAUGACAUUAAGAAAUCUGAAAGGAUGACAGCUGUUGUCCAUGAUAGAGAAGUGGUCAUUUUCUACCACAAAGGAGAAUAUCAUGCUAUGGAUAUUCGCUGUUACCACUCAGGAGGACCUUUACAUUUGGGAGAAAUAGAGGAUUUUGAUGGACGACCAUGUAUAGUUUGCCCCUGGCAUAAAUUCAAAAUUACUUUGGCAACAGGAGAAGGACUAUAUCAGUCUAUAAACCCUAAAGACCCAUCAGCAAAACCCAAGUGGUGUUCCAAAGGAAUAAAGCAAAGGAUUCAUACAGUGACAGUGGACAAUGGGAAAAUUUAUGUGACUCUUUCUAAUGAACCUGUUAAGUAUGACUCAGAUUUUUAUGCCACUGGAAACUUCAAAGUAAUUAAGAGUCCUUCCUGAUAAAAUUAUAUGGAAAUGAAAAGUGUGUAUGUUUUAAAAAUAACCUUGCUUCAAUACCAAAGAUGAUUACUUUUUUCCAACAUAGGCACAUUACUUAUCUUUAAAAAUCAUACAGUUCUGAAAGGUUCAAAAGCAUAAGUACUGAGUAUGAAAUCUAUAAAAUGCAUAGGCCUGGUAUGUGCACUUAAAGAAGGAUGAAAGUAAUUUGAACUAAAAUGAAGAAAAGGUAUAAAAUAAGAUCUAUUAAGAAAAAUUGGGGGGGGUCCUUAUUUGAUGUAGCAGGUUUUAUUUAUCAUGGAAAAGUUUAUAUGCAAAGUAAACAGAAUUAUAUAAUAAACUCACAUCACCCAACUUCAGCAAUUUUA